AUGGAGCUGAGCCUGGAGAGCCUGGGGGGCCUGCACGGCGUGACCCACGCGCAGGCGGGCGAGCUGCUGAGCCCCGGCCACGCGCGCUCGGCGGCGGCGCAGCACCGAGGCCUGGUGGCGCCCGGGCGCUCGGGCCUGGUGGCCGGCAUGGCGAGCCUGCUGGACGGCGGCGGCGGCGGGGGAGCCGGGGGCGCGGGCGGCGCGGGCGGCUCCGGCGGCGGCGCCGACUUCCGCGGGGAGCUGGCCGGCCCGCUGCACCCGGCCAUGGGCAUGGCCUGCGAGGCGCCCGGCUUGGGUGGCACCUACACGACGCUCACGCCCCUGCAGCACCUGCCGCCGCUGGCGGCCGUGGCUGACAAGUUCCACCAGCACGCGGCGGCCGCGGCCGUGGCCGGGGCGCACGGCGGCCACCCCCACGCGCACCCGCAUCCGGCGGCCGCGCCGCCCCCGCCACCCCCGCCGCAGCGCCUGGCGGCCAGCGUGAGCGGCAGCUUCACCCUCAUGCGCGACGAGCGCGCGGCACUCGCCUCCGUGGGCCACCUCUACGGGCCCUACGGCAAGGAGCUGCCCGCCAUGGGGUCGCCGCUGUCGCCGCUGCCCAACGCGCUCCCCCCCGCGCUGCACGGCGCCCCGCAGCCCCCGCCGCCACCGCCUCCCCCACCGCUGGCCGCCUAUGGUGCGCCGGGCCACCUGGCCGGGGACAAGCUGCUGCCGCCUGCCGCCUUCGAGCCGCACGCAGCGCUGCUGGGGCGCGCCGAGGACGCGCUGGCCCGUGGGCUGCCCGGAGGUGGCGGCGGCGCGGGCGGCGGCGGCGCGGGCGGCGGGGGCGCCUCUGGGCUGCUGGCGCCGCUGGGCGGGCUGACGGCGGCCGGGGCGCACGGGCCGCACGCGGGCAGCGGCGGCCCCGGCGGGGGCGGCGGCGGCCCCGGCUCGAGCGCGGCGGCCGAGGAGAUCAACACCAAGGAAGUGGCGCAGCGCAUCACGGCGGAGCUGAAGCGCUACAGCAUCCCGCAGGCCAUCUUUGCGCAGCGCAUCCUGUGCCGCUCGCAGGGCACGCUCUCCGACCUGCUGCGCAACCCCAAGCCGUGGAGCAAGCUCAAGUCCGGCCGCGAGACCUUCCGCAGGAUGUGGAAGUGGCUGCAGGAGCCCGAGUUCCAGCGCAUGUCGGCACUGCGCCUUGCAGCCUGCAAGCGCAAGGAGCAGGAGCAGCAGAAGGAGCGCGCGCUGCAGCCCAAGAAGCAGCGCCUGGUGUUCACCGACCUGCAGCGGCGCACGCUCAUCGCCAUCUUCAAGGAGAACAAGCGGCCGUCCAAGGAGAUGCAGGUCACCAUCUCGCAGCAGCUCGGCCUGGAGCUCAACACCGUCAGCAACUUCUUCAUGAACGCGCGGCGCCGCUGCAUGAACCGCUGGGCCGAGGAGCCCGGCACGGCCCCCGGGGGCCCGGCGGGCACCGCCGCCACCUUCUCCAAGGCCUGA